UAUGAGUAAUGUGUUUCAUAACUUUCAUACCACACCACACCACAUCUCAAAUUAAAACCUGCAGCCUCCAUGGAAGAAACCUUCCUCUACUGCCUCUCUGCCCUAUCCUUCAUCGCCCUCUUCUUCUUAUCGAAGCUCUUGAUAUCAAAACGUGGGAAGGCCAAGAAGUUGCCCCCGUGCCCUCCUUCUUUACCGAUCCUCGGCCACCUCCACCUCAUCGGGGCACCAGUACACCGAACCCUUGAGAGGAUCUCCCAACGCUACGGCCCCGUAUUCUCCCUCUCCUUUGGGUCUCUCCCGGUGGUAGUCAUAUCCUCUCCAUCAGCAGUCGAGGAAUGUUUCGGGAAGAAUGAUAUCAUUUUCGCGAACAGGCCCCGCAUUGAGGGCUGGAGGGAACUGAGCUACAACUUCACGACCGUGGGGACAUCCUCCUACGGGCCCCUCUGGCGUAACCUCCGUCGCAUCUCCGUCUUAGAGAUCUUCUCCAGCACCCGACUCAACUCUUUCCUUGGGAUCCGACUCGAGGAGCUGAGGUUCCUAGUGAAGAACUUGCACAAGACCGUUACCGAACAUGGAGGUGUAUCGAGGGUGGAGAUGAGGCCGAGGCUGCAGGAGCUGACUUUCAACGUCAUCAUGAGGAUGCUGUCGGGGAAGCGGUACUUCGGGGACGAGGUCGACAACUCGGACGAGGCCAAGAAUUUCAGGGAGAUCACAAGCACAUUCUUCGAGGUGAGCGGCAUCUCCGACCUCGGAGAUUUCAUACCGAUGCUGCGAUGGUUGGGUCUUGGCCGGGGAAAGCAGAAGAAGAUUGUUGAGACAAAGAGGAAGGCAGACAUGUUCUUGCAGGGACUAAUAGAGGAGCACCGGAACAGGACAGGCGAAAGAACUAAUCGCACUAAGACAAUCAUCGACGUGAUGCUGGAGUUGCAGUCGUCGGAGGCUGAGAGUUUCUCCGAUGAUGUCAUCAAGGGCAUGAUCCUGUUAUUGCUAUCCGCUGGAACCGACACAUCCACCGUGACUAUGGAGUGGGCUAUGUCUCUCAUGCUCAACAACCCCGCCUCCCUGGACAAGGCGAGGGUUGAACUGGACAACUAUGUGGGCCAGGAUCGCUUGAUCGAUGAGCAGGACCUCCCUCACCUGCCUUACCUCCAGAGCGUUAUCAACGAGACCCUUCGACUGUUCCCACCCGGACCACUCUUGGUGCCCCACUACUCAUCGAGUGAUGCCACGAUCCAAGGUUUCGAUGUGCCCCAGGGAACGAUGCUCUUUGUGAAUGCAUGGGCCCUCCAUCGGGACCCAACGGUGUGGGACGACCCGACAAGUUUUAGGCCGGAGAGGUUCGAGGGAUUGGACCAAGCUAGUUACACGCAUACACUGUUGCCGUUUGGGCUGGGAAGGAGGGCUUGCCCUGGUGCUGGACUAGCCCACAGAAUGUUGGGCCUGGGCCUGGGGGCCCUAAUUCAAUGCUUUGAUUGGGAGAGAGUAGGCGAAGAGUUAGUGGAUUUGAGUGAAGGAACUGGGCUGACUAUGCCCAAGGCUCAGCCUCUAAAGGGUCUCUGCAGAAGUAGAAACUCCAUCAUCACUAAUGUCCUCUCUCAACUCUAAUCUAUUUAUAUUAUGUACUCAAUUACUUAGAAAUCGGUUACGUACCGGAUUGUCCGUCGGAU